CCGGCCGCGGCGGCCUCAGCGCCGGCCCGACGGGACCCGAGCGCCCGGUCUCCCGAGCGGCAUGCGGCGCUGAGGAGCGCGGACACCGCGGCGGCGUCAUGAACCUCCUCCCGUGUAACCCCCACGGCAACGGGCUGCUGUACGCCGGCUUCAACCAGGACCACGGAUGCUUUGCCUGUGGGAUGGAAAAUGGAUUCCGAGUCUACAACACGGAUCCUUUAAAGGAAAAAGAGAAACAAGAGCUGCGGAGAACGCCGGUGAUCCAUCCAGUCACAGCAGAAUUCCUAGAAGGAGGAGUUGGCCACGUUGAAAUGUUAUUUCGCUGCAACUAUUUAGCUUUAGUUGGUGGUGGAAAAAAGCCAAAAUACCCUCCCAACAAAGUGAUGAUCUGGGACGACCUGAAAAAGAAGACUGUUAUUGAAAUAGAAUUUUCUACAGAAGUCAAGGCAGUCAAAUUGCGGCGAGAUAGAAUUGUGGUUGUCCUGGACUCCAUGAUUAAGGUGUUUACAUUCACACACAAUCCCCACCAGCUGCACGUCUUUGAAACCUGUUAUAACCCUAAAGGCCUCUGUGUCCUGUGUCCCAAUAGCAACAACUCCCUGCUGGCCUUCCCUGGCACACACACCGGCCACGUGCAGCUCGUGGACCUGGCCUGCACCGAGAAGCCGCCGACAGACAUUCCUGCGCACGAGGGCGUCCUCAGCUGCAUCGCGCUCAACCUGCAGGGAACAAGAAUCGCAACCGCGUCUGAGAAAGGGACCCUUAUACGAAUAUUUGAUACUUCAUCAGGGCAUUUAAUCCAGGAGCUACGGAGAGGAUCUCAAGCAGCUAAUAUUUACUGCAUCAACUUCAACCAGGACGCCUCCCUCAUCUGCGUGUCCAGCGAUCACGGCACGGUGCACAUCUUUGCAGCUGAAGAUCCAAAAAGGAAUAAGCAGUCUAGCUUGGCGUCAGCCAGUUUCCUUCCAAAAUACUUCAGUUCCAAAUGGAGUUUCUCCAAGUUCCAGGUUCCCUCAGGCUCCCCGUGCAUUUGUGCCUUUGGAACAGAGCCCAAUGCCGUCAUUGCGAUCUGUGCAGACGGCAGCUACUACAAAUUCCUCUUCAACCCCAAGGGCGAGUGCGUCCGGGACGUCUACGCUCAGUUCCUGGAAAUGACCGACGACAAACUGUGACUCCACCAGCGAGCACGACGACACCGCUGGCCUGCGCCCCGUGGGCCCCGGGCUGGAGGGAGUCUCGGGGCCCUUGGUCUCGAAGCCAUACCUGGUUGUCUGCUUUGCUCGGAAAGACUUCCCCUUGCCAGUAUUACACAGUCGUCACUGAGACUCCGUAGAUGCUCCGCACUCGCGCUGGCUGCCGCUGUCACUCGGCUGCUCGCCCUCGCCCUCGCGGGGGCUGCGUUGACACGAGGGACUCAGUGAGGUUUGUUUUUGCAACAGAUUCUGUCAUUUUUACCGCGUCUGCAGUGGGGAAAUGAACGGGUGUGUGAACGCAGUUCUUGCAUUAUCAGCAGAUUUAGGUGGGACACCAGCAGCUCGCCGGAGAACGGAUUCCUUCUCCCCACCGGACGCGGGAAAGGCGACGCGGCCCUGUCAGGGAACACACUGUGGCUGUUUGCUUAGCCCCGUCCCGCGCUCCUUGCUGCCCGUGACGUGGUCCCCGUGCCCACGCGUGGGCUCCCACUCUGUCAGAGCAAGUCCUCGGGUUUGCGGAGUCGGGGGGUGGCUGGGUCUCCUGGUUAAAUUCUGGGUCAAAACUGAGUUUCCCUGUCACGUGUAGGGAACAGAGUAAUGUGUAGACUUUAAAACUUUGUCACAGGAGAAAGUACCACUUACUUGAGUGGGACGUUUCCACAAAGCAGUACCCAGGGGUGUCCUCGGGCACUUCCUGUCAGUGUGGUGGGAAUUGCCUUGGUCAGCCUGUCGUCGUCACGUCUGUCCCCAACACGUGAGAACAGCUGUACACUAACGUUCUGGGAAGGAAAGGCACAGAACUUUUUUUUUUUUUUUUUUUUUAACAUUUGGU